AUGGCGCGGCUUGCCAUCGAGGUACCGGUACUGCCGACUACAACAUGCGAUUCUCCGAUUACAUUGGUCAACGCGACUUUUCAAUGGCUUGCAGACCACGUAAAAGAUGAUAUCGAUUUCAUCAUAUGGACUGGGGACUCGGCCAGACAUGACAAUGACGAGAGAAAGCCUCGGACGGAAACCCAGAUCCUAGACCUCAACAGACUUCUUGUAUCCAAAUUCGCCGAAGUCUUUGGCAAGGAAGAUAAGAUUAAUGACACAGAUCCUACGAACGACUUUAGAAUCCCAAUCAUUCCGAAUUUUGGUAACAAUGACGUAUUACCUCACAACAUCAUGACUCCCGGCCCCAAUCACUGGACAAAAGACUACAGCAAAAUAUGGCGCCCGUUUAUCCCUGAGGCGCAACGUCACAGCUUCGAUAGAGGAGGCUGGUUCUUCGUUGAGGUCAUCCCUCACAAACUUGUCGUCUUCAGCCUGAACACUCUAUACUUUUUCUCCUCCAACGCUGCUGUCGAUGGGUGUGCCAAACGCGGCGAGCCAGGCUACGAGCAGAUGGAUUGGCUGCGCAUCCAACUCCAAUUUUUGCGCGAAAGAGGUGUGAAGGCCAUCAUGAUGGGGCACGUGCCUCCCGCGAAGACUGACAGCAAAGAGAGCUGGGACAAGACUUGUUGGCAGAAAUACACGCUUUGGAUGGAGAGCUACCGAGAUGUGGUUGUUGGAGGACUUUAUGGGCAUAUGAAUAUUGAGCACUUCAUGCUGCAAGAUUUUCACCAUGUCAAGAAGAAGACUCGGAAGGGGAAGCUGAAAUCUGUGGAAAAGUCGGACACAUAUGUUGAAGAGGAUGGAGAUGACUUCAGCGUGGAGAGCAAGACGGAAUAUUUGACCGAUUUACGGGAAGAGUGGAGGAAGAUUCCCGACGAGCCAAAAGUUUCGGAAGAAAGUGAGGACGACGUUGGAACCUUUCCGAGCUUCAUGCAACGUGUCUUACGGAAGAAGCACGACUCAAAGACCGACAAAUAUCUCAAGAAGAUUGGCGGGAGAUGGGCAGAGCGAUAUAGCGUAAGCUUGGUAUCUGCGAGUGUGGUGCCGAACUACUUCCCAACGAUGCGGAUCAUCGAGUACAACACCACCGGCCUUGAACUUCAUCCAUCAACAGAAUAUGCCGCCAGCAUUAAUGAGCCGGCAGAGGCAGAGCUAGAUGAUGAUUCAGACGCGAGUGAUGGGGAGGAUGACCAGCCAUCUUUGACCAAACACAAGAAGAAGCACAAAAAGCGCCCCAAGAAAAAGAAGCCCACUUUCGUCCUCCCCUCUCCACCACCAUCCUCCUCUACCCCCGGCCCCGCUUACUCCCCCCAACCCCUCACCUGGCUCUCCUACAAACAAUACUUCGCCAAUCUCACUCGCAUAAAUCCUCCGCCGCCGUCCACUCAACAGCACCUUGGACCAGCUACCAAGAAGGAAUAUAAACCAGUACCCUUCGAGUUCGAGCUUGAGUACGACACCGCCACCGAUCCUGUCUACAAAAUGCCAGAUCUGACUGUCCGCAGCUGGGUCGGACUGGCGCGGCAGAUCGGGAAGUAUAAGCCUCGGCCUACGUAUUUCACUGAUACUGGGGAGAUCGUUAGGCAAGAGUGUUCUUCGGAGGAUGAUGGCUUUGAUGGGGCUGUGGAGCAUGGGGUGACGACGGCGGAGAGCAAGAAGAAGGAGAAGCACAGACGCAGAAAAGAGAUCGAAAAGUUGUGGUUCACCUUCAUCAGCAGAGCGUAUGUGGGCACCAAGGCUAGGGAGGAGAUUGAGGAUGAAUACGCAUAG